CACAACUGGCAGAUGCUGCCGAAUUUGGAAGAUUUUUAAUGACGCCAUCUGGAGGAUGUAAGGCUGAUAAAACAGGAUCCCAAUAUGGUGCCGCCGUGAGGGCGAUAUUUGUAAUAUUGAAUUUAAAUUGGAUUAAUGUCCUCAAGCCAGUUGCGAGAUUGGAUCAGUGGUUCCUUCCAUCCUUCGCAAAACUGAAGGAUGGAAAACUGGCUCCUGGAACUCUCUCCUGCCAGAUUCACGCUCUUAAGAGCUACCUAAAAUUCGUACUGUGCAGGAGGGAGGUAACCUUGAGAACUGCCGGCGUUACCUCGGCGGCGGUUAGCAACCUACUGACCGCCACCGAGGAAUGGACUAAAAGUGUGGCGGGAUGGCGCUCCUCCCGUAGGGUAGAAAUUAAGGAGAGGCAGCUGGAGAACUUUAUCCCUGCUGAAAAAGUCAAAUCAAUUUUAUCUUCAUCGCAAAUCAAACUCCUGGAACGAGACCUCUGGAAUGAGAGGAAAGAAGAAAUAUAUCCUGCUGUCCGAUCAAUGAUACUCUUCCGGGUUCUCGUCGCCAAUGGACAACGGUACAUUGAUAUAUGUCAAUGAAAUAUCAUAAGUAGGAAUAACUUCUUUAUCUUUGUAAAAUAGA